UAAUUCUAGUCAUUUAAAGUACAUCUGUGGCAAAAUUUAUAAUUCUGCUUCAUCUAAUUCAUAUUAAAAAAUUUAUUACCCGUAAAUUCAACUUAUACCUGUAAAUGUGACAUUACACAUAAUUAUACAUUUUAAAGUUACGUAAAGCACAAAGUAUGAAAUUUGUUAAUUUUUUAUUUUAAUUUAUAUGAUAACCCCUAUAUCGCUUUAGGAAAUAUGAACAAUAUCGAAACUGUAUUUAUAUUUACAUGGACAGCAUGUACAAGACCAGUGUCAUGUAGGAGAUAACAGAACAUGGACAUGUGUAGGAUGUGAUGGCCUUCCCUAUGUUCUAGGAUCACGUUUGAUCGAAAAAAAUGAUGAUCUACGUGAUAUAUUGCUUGUUCCCGGGCUAGGACACAUAGAAAUGACUGCCGUAAAGGCCUGUUUCAAACUUCUUUGGGACGUUUGCCUGCAAGAUCUUGCAAAGAUGCUUGGUUAUCGCACACCACGUGCACUUAUGUGCUGUAAGGCAUGCACAAACCAUCAUAAGUCAUGGAUGAUCUUAACAAUAUUCUUUUACGGUACUAUUGAUGAAAUAUUAACUACUUACAUUUCACAAGAUGAAGCUCCAACUGUAGCUGGUCUAUAUACAUACAUAGGCAGCUGUAAGGAUAGAAAUUUCCGUUUCAUGUGCGAUGUCGUCUUAAACUACGUGCUGGCAAUAUUUGCAUUUCGUUGUGGUACAAGGCGAAAUAAUACCGAUUACAUUAUGGCUGGUAAAAGUAAAUUUAUGAAAUUGUUCUAUGGCUUAAAUAAUACAAAUUAUCAGGAGAUCAUGUACAGAGAUUUUAAAACUCGCGUGUUAGCUCCAACAGCAGUAAAGGAUUUCAUAUGUAAGAAUGAGUCGUUUUCUGUUUCUGGCAAUAUCAGCAAAGGAGAAGGGGGUGAUUUUGUCUUAGAGGCAUACAAUCGUAGGGCAAAGAGAUGGCUACCUCCAGGCAUUCCAAAGCAACAUCACUGGGUCAAUGUUUGCAGAAAUUUGAAUUUGCUAGAAAAGAUAAGAGAAAACACAUUUAAAGAGAUGUGCAUGCCAGAAGAGUUAGAUACUCUGUACCAUCGAGAUUUUUCCACGGAAAUCUUUGAAUGGAGGGUGAAAAUGAGAAGCCUUAGAUAUUUAAGCAAUGCAAGAGAAGAAUAUAGUGACCACACAUCAGUUUCUGGCGAAAGACUGGAUGUGGGUUUAAUCAGAUUUGAAAGAACCUGUGAAGAAAAUUUAAAUGCAUACCUGGCAUCCAUUGAAAGAGGAAUGGUGCCUGGUAAGGGGUUGUCUUUAACGCCAGUAUUUACAACACCCCUUGAUCGUACAAAGUUUCAUGCUAUUGAAAAAAAGACCAAACAACAGAUAACGAGCAUUAUAGAGGAAGGCAUCAGUGACAUUCACAAACAUGGCAACACUGACGAGGCGUUUGUUUUAGAGACUCAGUGGCAAAAAAUAAGAGGGAAAACUAAAAAUGAAAUGCUGAUGUUUUAUAAGGAAGUGGUAGUUGCUUUAGAGAAUGCUACAGCUGUUGAAAGUGACACAGGUAAUGAAUUUUACCUUUUUAAGAAUUGUAGGCUUCCUAUUAUACGUAGUCUGUGCCCUUUUCUCAGCAUCAGUUAUGUAUUCCACUACCACUGAUCCUUUAUGGUGGUUUUUUGCUCUUGAUUUUUGACCCUUUACAUUCUUUCCAGGGUUUUUGCCAUUUGUUUUC